AUGGCAGUCGAAGCCAUGGCGAUGGCGAUGGCGGGGAUGAUGGCGGGGAAGAUGAUGAUGACGACCAACAGCUUCUGCUCGCUCGUGAUGAUCAUCCCCCUCACGCUCCUGCCGAGUGUUGGGAAGUUUUGCGUUGCUGACCGGGAUUCACAGAGGCAGAACGUUGAGCCAUACAUGGAUGAGGGGAGAGUUUUCUUCCUGGGAUCCCAAGAUCUCGACGUAGCAGGCAAAUGGCUGCCCGGGCUAUACUGGAUGUCCCUCGCGCUCUUGCCUGCCUCCAACGCCUUCACGUCUCUGCUUCGAUCUCUGCGAUGGUUGGAAUUGGAACCGAGCAAGGCCACGUCGUCCGGGCUUCUGCCAGGCCUCGGCUGCGAUGUGGAGGAGCUAAGGACUUUCAACUUGUUUGUCGGCGUCCUGACCGCAGGAGUUGUGUGCAUGCUCGUGAAGCGAGUGAACGGCUCGCACGAUCUUUCAAGGGGCAGCACGCUGCUGAGGUGGGUUGCAGUUGUGAUAUUCUUUCCCGUCCAGUUCUCGUCCUACUUCCUCUUCUACACGGAUGCCAUAGCAACUCUCAUGACUCUCGUGACCUACGAGCGUCUUCUUGCUCGCAGAACGCUGCAGGCCGCCAUGUCCGGAGCGCUGGCAAUCUUCUGUCGUCAGACGUGUGUGAUCUGGACUGGGUUUGGGCUGGGGGUGCUGGUGUUGCAGGAGUUUGGCAGUACUCAGGAGGACAACAAGAACUUGUUGGAGGAAGUGAUCAGCAUCAUCAGGCUCCUCUGCGUGUGGAAGAACCUAAGGAGGGUGUUGGCACAUUCGCUUCCCCUGCUGCUGGUCUUGCUGGGAUUUCUUGUUUUCGUGUACAAGAACGGAGGAUUCGCUGUGGGAGACAAGUGGCUCGCCUCCUCUCCUCGUCUUGACCCUCACUUAGCAUUCGGCAGGAGCAAUCAUGAAGUUGGACUUCACCCUAUGCAAGCGUACAACAGGCACUACGUCUUUUACAUCUGGAAGAAUGUCUUCAGAAGCCGGACUUGGCCUCGGUAUGCUCUCGCUCCCUUCUACAUGUACUCUGUCAGUGCCGACGAGUUCUCCCCGACUGUGACAAGUGAAGGGAUCGAGCAGGUGUACUCGACUUACAGUCUCCUUCGCUGCCGUCGGAGUUCAGUCUGGGUCACGUGGUUUCUCUUCUGCUCCGUCCUGACGGUGAUCCCCACCGGCUUGUUGGAGCCCCGAUACUUCAUCAUCCCCGUCACUUUCCUGCUCAUUCAUCUGCCGCCUGACGAUCAAGGAGCAGGAGGCCGCAGAGCGCAGAAGGGAGAGCAGACGCGCCGAGACAUGCCGGCAUGGCUCACUCUGGCAGCGUACACGUUGGUGAACGCUGUUUACCUCUACGUCUUCUUGUUCCGAACCUUCAGGUGGCCGGAUGGUUCUGUAGCUCGUUUCAUGUGGUAG